CAACAAUGUAGCCCUAUUGGCUGCACAUUGGGCUCAGCCCUCCUCCUAUUGGCUGGCUGACUGGGGUAGCUCUUACUAACCUUUUUGCUGCUGUCUGGGCAACAGCCGGGGUCUGGAUAGCAAAAGGAAGACUGUAGGAACACAUUGGGAGAGAGGACAACUGAGCAAGAGAGGGGACAAGACCUGGAAGGAGGAGAUCCUAACAAAGGGGUGGGAUCAGGAGGGGGUUACCUCAUCUAAAGCCGACAUACUGUGCAGGGAAGAACUUGUGGGAAAGUAAACAGCUCACUAGCAUUCCAGCCUGUGUUCAGUCACAGUGUGCAAGAGUCUGUGAAGAUGAAGCAGCUCCACUCUGCAUUCUGCUGAAACCUUGACUUUAUGGAAGGUGACCGGGAUUAAAGGGUCAAUAGGGAGUUCCUGAAGCUGCCCCGAGGACACAUUUCUGAGGAGAACCAUGUCCACUGCAGUGUCCCAGCAACCGCCAAAGGACGAUGAAGAGGAGGAAGAUGAGGAGCAUGGCGAAGAGUUUCAGUUCGAUGACAGCUCUGACGAGGAGAAACUUCCGGGUGUCGGGAUAGUCUGUGACUCUGAGCAGCUGUCAAAAGAGGAAGUCAGCAAGUUGUUGGAGAAUAAAUCACAAACGGAAGUCCAGUGCGACUCUCAGCAGAUGGUCAGAUGUUCUACUCCCGCUGGAAAGGAGGGGAAUCCCGAUAAGGAUGUAACUUCUAAUGUCACAGCAGAUGUUCUCGUUAACGACUCAUCCAGCCGGUCCGACACAGCAGCAGACGAGGCCGGCACCACGAGCGAAGAACCUACUACUGCACCCUCAACCACUCAGGCUGAUUCAGGACACGAGGAUAAGGAAACUGUCGAGGAGAGCAUCGAGCCUGGGGACGGUUCUGAAGCCCAUGGUGUGGCAGAAUCUGCACCUCAGCCCCCAUUAGAGGUCAUCUAUGACGACGUCCCGUGUGAGGAGCCACACUCCCCUGAUGAUGAUCUGAUCUACGAGGACGUCCAGAGAGACGGCGAUGCAAAUAACGGAUGGAGUUCCAGCGAGUUUGAGAGCUAUGACGAGCAGUCCGACAAUGACGGCAAAGUACCUGCUCGCAGUAAGCUCUCUCCUGAGGUGCGUCGGCUGCGGGAGCGUUGUGCCAAGACCAAGCGUGAGCUGGCCACCAAACUGGCUGGCGCGCACAUCUAUGACAUCAAGGUUCAGAAGCUCAUGAAGGCGGCGAGAAGCGGCACAAAAGAUGGACUGGAAAAAACCCGGAUGGCUGUCAUGAGGAAAGUCCCGUUCCUCAACAGAAAAGAUGCAACUGAUAACGCCCAAGAGGAGGACGACGCAGGGUACCUGGACGUGGUGGUGGCAGAUGACAGACUCGCUCCUCCGCAGCUCAGCUCCAUGCCAGAGGGUCUGACCAGCCACCAGGUUGUCAGGCGGCACAUUCUCAGCUCCAUCAUCCAGAGCGAGCGGAGCUACCUGGAGUCUCUCCUGAGAAUAACUCAGGAAUAUCACAAACAACUGAUGGAAGCGGAUCCACGCAUCUUAAGUCCACGGAAGAUUCGCCCGAUAUUCUACAGAGUGAGAGAGAUCACGCAGUGCCACUCCAUGUUCCAGAUUGCUUUGGCGUCACGUGUCGCGGAGUGGGACAGCAACGAGAAAAUUGGAGACUUAUUUGUUGCCUCGUUCUCCAAGUCCAUGGUUCUGGAUAUUUACAGUGACUACGUCAAUAACUUCACCAACGCCAUGGCUCUCAUCAAGAAGGCGUGUCUGUCCAAGCCUGCAUUCCUGGACUUCCUGAAGAAGAAGCAGGCCUCCAGUGUUGACCGUAUUACGCUCUAUGGCCUCAUGGUGAAGCCCAUCCAACGAUUUCCUCAGUUCAUACUCCUGCUGCAGGACAUGCUGAAGAACACGCCGAAGGGCCACGUGGACCGUCUGCCCUUGCAGCUCGCCCUGACCGAGCUGGAGAUGCUGGCUGAGAAGCUGAAUGAACAGAAACGCGUCGCUGACCAGAUCGCAGAGACUCAGCAGCUCGCCCGCAGCGUCGGCGAUCGCCUGCUCAGCAAGCAACUGAAUUUGGAGCAGGGCUCUCUGGUGCUCUGUGAAACCCUUAUCGAGACGGUGUACGGCGAGCGAGGACAAGUUCUGAAGUCGAAGGAGAGAAAAGUCUUCCUCUUUGAUGAUGUGCUCAUCUGCGCCAACAUAAAUGUCAAAGGGUCUCCAGAUAUCAGCAGCCUGGUUCCUGUUGGACCCAAGUACACCAUGAAAUGGAGUGCCCCCUUGCAGCACGUUCAAGUUGUUGAAGUGGGACAAGAGGGCUCUCAAAGCAAAGACACCAUCUUUCAACAGGGUGGAACGAAGAGGCCAGGAAAAGCUGCCCUGGGUCCACCACGUCUCUACCAGGAGCUGCAGGAACUUCAACACGACCUCUCAGUGGUGGAAGAGGUCACCCUUCUAGUGGGCACGCUGCAGGGAAUGUACCAGAACCUGAACACCACCGUGGCCCAGGACUGGUGUUUGGCUCUGCAGCGGCUUAUCCGAAUCAAAGAAGAACAGAUCCAGAGUGCGAACAAAUGUCGCUUGCGCCUGCAGGUGCCCGGCAGGCCAGAUAAGUCUGGACGUCCUGUCAGCAUAAUGGUGGUCUUCAACACGCCCAGCCCGCUCAGCAAGAUCUCCUGGGUCAACCGUCUGCACCUGGCGAAGAUCGCACAAAGGCCAGAAAACUCGCCUGGAUGGUUGUGUGGAGAAGACGAUGGGAAGCCGGGGCCGUUGAUGUACCCGCUGCUCAUCUGCCACAUGCCUGUUUUUUCAGUCAAGGCGCCACAGCGAAAGCUGGAGGCUGCACUCCACAAUCCUGUUCACUGUGCCAUGCUUGGCUUCUCUGCCGCCAGCACCUCAUUACCUCAAGGAUACCUUUGGGUGGCCGGAAGUGGAGGUGAAGGGUCCCUUGGGCAGAUCGAGAUCUUCUCCCUCAAUAGGCCGACACCAAGAACCGUGAAAAGCCUUCAGGUGGACUCUGCCGUCCGCUGUUUAGAAUACGUGCCAGAAUCGUCUCCCACGGAGGAGUCCGAGCCGGAGGUUCAGAAGACAUCGCCCACAGUCUGUGUUGGUUUAGAUGAUGGACGAAUUCUGGUGUUUGGCAGCAUCGACACAGCGGCCCAGUGUCUUCUGACUCUUCACAACAGCGAUGGCUGUCCGGUGCUCUGCCUCAAGCACUCGCAGCGCUUCCUGUUCGCUGGCCUGCGCAACGGAGACUUGAUGGUCUAUCCCAGGAGGAAGAGCGAUCACCUGUGGGACGAUGACUCCCGCAGAUGUGUGAUCGUGGGUUCCGAACCGGUGAGAACCAUGUUGGUGCUGGACGACACGGUGUGGGCCAGUUGUGGGAAUUCUGUCACCGUUUUGGAAAUCUCCACUUUCAACACUCAGAAAUUCGAAGUUCAUCCAGAGCCACUGGUCAGUGUUGCUCACAUGGCCCGAGCAGGUGGAGGUGUGUGGAUGGCGUUUUCGGAGGGGUCCUCCAUUCGGUUGUUCCAUACAGAAACCCUGGAGCUGCUGCAGGAAAUCAACGUCUCAACGCGCUCCACGUUGCUCAACAUUGGUCAACAGAACAUGCGAGUGACGAGUCUGCUGAUUUGCCAAGGGCUGCUGUGGGUGGGAACCGCCCAAGGCCUGAUUAUAACACUCCCAGUUCCCAAACUAGAGGGCAUCCCCAAAAUAAAAGGAAAGGGAAUGGUCUCCCUGAAUGCUCAUUGUGGUCCCGUAGAGUUCCUGGUGGCCACCAGCAGCUCUCUUUCUCCUGAUCUACUGAAGCGAGACUCCGUGGGAGAUGGCCCGGAUUCAGCUUUUGGAGGCGAGGAGCCCAGCGACACGUCUUCUCAGGAGUCUCUUCAACAACCGUCCCCCUAUCCAGCAGAGGGCCGAGGAAAGGGCAGAGGCAUUCUGCUGCAGUACAGGCUGCGCUCCACGUCUGGACUUCCAGGGCGACCACUCACAGCCCUGGUGGAUGAAGCAUCCGACUCGUCUCUGGAGUCUUUGGAGCACAGUGUGGAGGACGGCUCUAUAUAUGAGCUGAGUGAUGACCCGGAAAUGUGGGUUCGUGGGCGAUCUGUGGAGAAAGACGGGGCCCGUAGGGACAGGGUUAUAUCGGCGGCUGUCCUCUCUGGGGGAAAGGGCUUCCGUCGGCUCACAGGUAGUACUCAAGCAGGUACAAGGACAAGCGGCGAGAGUACGGAGAACGUUCUAAUGGCCUGGCAGCUCCCAUUGACAGUAUGAAGUGUGCAAUGAACCACACAGUGACAGUUGUGUUUAGGGUUCUGCCCUCUAGAUCCAUAUGGAAGGCCAGGUGUUAGCGCUCUCACACACUUCUUUAGGCACUGAACGGAAGGUACAUCAGCGACUAACAUCUUCCAGUCGAGCUGCAUCGAUAAACCUCAUGAUCACUAAUGCCAACGCGUCACCAUAUUGACAUGUGGCAAUGCUUCUGCGCUGACACUUUUCAAUCUGCCAUGCUCGGCGGACAAGGAAAUGGACGGCUGAUCCUGUGGGAAAGUCCCAAUCGGUUUAAGGCGCAGGGGACAACUGCAGGGAGCACAUUUGCAUCCUCUUCUCAGCCUUCACAGCACCUUGUGUCCCACCUAAUGUGAAUGUCCGACGCCAACUAGAGUGUCAGAGAAAAAAAAAUAACAAAAAAAGUAUGUUCCAGAAUGUGUAAAUACUAAGGUAUUUUCAGGUGAGCUUGAACAAAACAUCAUGAACUGUGUUUACGAUUGUGUUUAUGCGGUUUAUCUGGUCAUUUUCAUCCCCUAAAAACCCUCUUUGCAUGGAACCACCUGCUAUUGAAUCUAAACAUUUAGCCUAUUACCCGAAUGCCAGCAACAUUUGUUCAGUGAAGCUCUAUUUCAAGUGUCUACAGCCGGCUAAGACAAAUGGAUGACAUAAAGCAGCACUACGUAGUUCAAGAAUAUUUGGUUUUGACACCGCCACUGGUAAAAGAGCGUAACAACAAACUGUUAUGAAGCCCCGCGUCUGCAGUCCCGCUUCAUGUUUGUUUGGGAGGAUGGAUCACGGACACUCAACAAGAGUGUGUAUUCACUCGUGCGAUCAACCACAAAACCAAAGGGAAUUUUAGAUAUGUUUUCUGUCGUUCGGUAUAAGAAUUUGAGCUCAAUCAUUAUGGCCAGUAAAGAAAGCCUGAAACAAGCGAGCGGCUCAAGAAUUUGAAAGAAGACUGGCUAUAAUAAAGGGAUGUUUGUUCACAAAGUGCUUCACUUGAGAGAAGACAAGGUCUUUUUUUGGUUUGUUUUUUUUACGUUCUUACAUUAUAAACUCAGCUUGUGAUCAAAGAGAGUGUGAUCACCACAACGUUGAUUUCUUUUCAGUUGAAAGUGAAGCCAGAUUUCAGGUCAACAAGCUAGCGUUCUUCAGAGAGUUGUACACUAGAAUGGCAAACGGGGAUGAUGUGUGAUAUGUUGACGUCGCUCAGUAGGUUUGUGGUGUGUCUGCAGGGACUGCAGAGAGACAGUUGUGAUGUCACACAAUUGAGGUGGUGCUUCAACACUGCUAAUAAAAUUAAAUUUACUAUACCCAUCACAGCUAAUCCGUUUGUCUGGCUAUAUCAACGCUAAAGGUUGGUAUAGAAAAUAAAACCGCUUUAAUAAAGUAAUUGCCUGCAAGCCAAUUCAAGUUCCGUGUGAGCGGAAAAUAUGAAUAAAAUAAUUACUCGAAAAAUCAUUUAAAAGAAUCAUGAAAUUCUACGUAGUGUUGCUUUAUCAUGGUUUACACAAAACACAAUUCCACUUCUGAUUUUAGAAUACAAAAGAAACAUUCAAACAAUCAUGAAUCGUGGGUACAGAACCUUGUAAUUCGAACCCAGAACAAGACCAAGGAAAAAGCAAUGUUAAGCUGAAGGUAAGUAGCUUCACUGCUAUUGUCAGCCAGGCUGUCUCACAGCUCUGUGUUCUUUCUUUUGAAAGCUCUUUUGUCUCCAUUUACCACCUCAGUUAAAGUCCAAUGCACUUAUACUAUACUACUCUAAUGUACGACAGUGUUGACGCUCACCAAGCAAUUCACAUGUAUAGUCUGCAGAUCUGAAUAUGUGUGAGACAUGUCAGUGACAAGUGACUCUGUGAGCUGUUCAAUAUUGUGACUGUGUAAAACUCGGCUAUCAAAUGAAAUGCUCGUCAUGUGAAAUCACUGAAACAACAGUAUGGUAUUCAGCGUUGUCAACGUCUGCAAACAUGUAAGGAAGUUAAGCAUUUAAUGUGCCGAAGUCACGUGUAUUAUCUGGAGACGGUGAAUAUUCAUGACUGGUCCAACUGUACUAAUGAGAAUUUGACUGUAAUUAAACUAACUCCUUUGAGAAACAAGGAGAAUGGCAGUGUUGUUGUUU